UCCUCCUCUCUCUACUCCUCCAGCCUACCUCCUAACAGCCACGCCACCUACCAUCAGUACUGCUGUCCCGCGCGCCUCCGCCUGCCCAAGCCUCCCUGCGCCCUGCCCCCCGCCAAGCACCACGAGCAGGCAAGAGAGGAGGAAGAUGACGACAUCGCCCAUCAGUUCUGUUGCCCCGCCUCCGAGUGCAGUAGCCCCUCCUCUAGGUAACCAGGGGCGACCGCGUGCCACUUCCCCGCCCGUCUCUCCCCGUGUGGAGGGCGAUCCUCAGUGUCCAGAGGCGCUCACUUUUUCUGAUUCGUCCUUUGGCCAUCCGCCUCCCUUUCAUCGCUAUACCAACAGCCCCCUCACCAGCCCCUGCGACCCCUACAGCUCCCCCUCCACCAGCGGGCCCCUGGGAGCCUCCCACACGCACACACAGGGUAGCUCUCCCAUCUCUCCCCCCAGCCCGGCUAGCCUUGCCUGGGCUCAGCGCAGCCGACACCAGCCGGCCAGCCUGGCGCUCCGCAAGCAAGAGGAGGAGGAGAGCAAACGCUGCAAGGCUCUAUCCGACAGCUAUGAGCUCUCUACAGACCUCCAGGACAAGAAGGUGGAGAUGCUGGAGAGGAAGUACGGGGGCCAGUUUGUGUCCCGACGGGCGGCGAGAACGAUCCAAACGGCGUUCAGGCAGUACCGCAUGAACAAAAACUUUGAGAGGCUUCGCAGCUCCGCCUCGGAGAGCAGGAUGACGCGCCGCAUCAUCCUGUCCAACAUGAGGAUGCAGUACUCUUUUGAUGACCGUCAGCAGCAGGGUCAGGGGUCAGCAGGUCAGCAAGGGUCAGACGACGCAGGAGACAUGGACGACUCCUUCUCUAAGCAGGUGAAGUCCUUGGCCGACUCCAUGGACGACUCCCUCACCUGCCAGUCCGGUCGUGAAGACUCGCAGGACGCAGGAGGGGAGGGAGAGGAGGACGAGGAGGAGGACGAGGAGGAGGGAGACGAAGAAGAGGAAGAGGAAGAGGAGGAGGAGGAAGAGGAAGACGAGGACGAAGAUUACAGAGAGUGUGCGUGGCGCAGCGCCAACCCAUCCUCCCGACGCUUGGCAGGCCGGGUGGGAGGGAGAGGUGUGGGAGGAGGUGCCGCCAUGCACGAGGACAGCACCGCCACCUCCUUCAGCGAUGUCACCCUCUACAUGGACGAGGGCUGCCUCCCCUCCUCGCCGCUCUCCCGCCCGCCAUCCUCGCCGCUCUCCCGCCCCGCCUCCAGCUCCGACACAGAGUACUGGGGAGGAGGAGGAGGAGGGGGAGGCGGUGUAGGGGUGAGGGAGGACAGUAGAGAGACAGAGGGAGGCAGCAGCGCCAGCCGAAGGAGCAGCACCCCCUGCACAGAGUGUCGAGGGGAGUACAGAGGGAGAGCAGGAGGAGGAGGAGGAGGAGGAGGAGGAGCGCACCUCCCUGUCCUGACUGUUGAACCACCCAGUGACAGCUCAGUGGACAUGAGUGACAGACAUGACAUACAGCGGCACUGUUGUACUGAUGGAAGACAAACAAAAAAAGGCCGGUCUCUGACGAAAGCCUGGUUCUCUCUGCAGUUUGAGAAUUUACGAUAUGUGAAUGUGUACAUGUCUGCGUUUAUGUUAUGCCUCUGUGUCGGACUGCAGGUGAAGUCCUUGGCCGACUCCAUGGACGACUCCCUCACCUGCCAGUCCGGUCGUGAAGACUCGCAGGACGCAGGAGGGGAGGGAGAGGAGGACGAGGAGGAGGACGAGGAGGAGGGAGACGAAGAAGAGGAAGAGGAAGAGGAGGAGGAGGAAGAGGAAGACGAGGACGAAGAUUACAGAGAGUGUGCGUGGCGCAGCGCCAACCCAUCCUCCCGACGCUUGGCAGGCCGGGUGGGAGGGAGAGGUGUGGGAGGAGGUGCCGCCAUGCACGAGGACAGCACCGCCACCUCCUUCAGCGAUGUCACCCUCUACAUGGACGAGGGCUGCCUCCCCUCCUCGCCGCUCUCCCGCCCGCCAUCCUCGCCGCUCUCCCGCCCCGCCUCCAGCUCCGACACAGAGUACUGGGGAGGAGGAGGAGGAGGGGGAGGCGGUGUAGGGGUGAGGGAGGACAGUAGAGAGACAGAGGGAGGCAGCAGCGCCAGCCGAAGGAGCAGCACCCCCUGCACAGAGUGUCGAGGGGAGUACAGAGGGAGAGCAGGAGGAGGAGGAGGAGGAGGAGGAGGAGCGCACCUCCCUGUCCUGACUGUUGAACCACCCAGUGACAGCUCAGUGGACAUGAGUGACAGGUCAGAGCGAGGCUCUAUCGGACGCCUGGUGUAUGAACAGGAGCCGUCAGGAGUCGAGAGGGAGAGGAGGGGAGGAGGAGGAGGAGGAGGAGGAGGAGGGGAAGGAGAGAGUGGAGAGGAUGAGCGAGGGGGAGGAAGCAGCGGAGCCAACUCUCCACAGGGAACGAUCAAACACAAACCAAACGGCCGCUCGGUCGCCACGGCGCAGGGACAGACUCGCAGCCCCGCCAACGUCCCUUUACCGAUGCCUUCAGCCCGGGCCCUGCCUCCACACCCGCUCCCUCACCCACUCCAACACCCCCACGCGCACCCUCACCCGUCGCCCAUCCCCCACUUACCCACCAUCCUCCACCACCACCCGCAGUACAGCCAGCCGCACAUCAUGCACAUGCACCACGUGCACGGCGGCAGCCCUUACAUCCAGAACGCCCAUCACUUCGCCCAACACCACUACCACCACCUGCACCACCAACACCACCACCUCCCCCACGGUUACCCAGAACCCCCUUCUUCCCCACUGCCCUCCCCGGUUCCACCACUCACACCUCUCUCACCCCUGCCGCCGCCGCUCACGCCCUCACCGCUCUCCUCCUCCUCCUCCUCUGCGCUCCAAAACAUGGAGGCGCAGCAGCACCACGCCCACCACCCCCACCUCCACCACCACCACCUGCUGUGCUCGGACGGAGACAACGAGAGCGUCAACUCCACCACCACCAACUCCAACGACGACACGACGGUCAACAACUGCAGCUCCGGCUCCUCGUCGCGCGACAGCCUGAGAGAGCCAGUGGGAGGAGCCUCCCUGGGGAAGCAGACCUAUCAGAGAGAGAGCCGCCACAGCUGGGACUCGCCCGCCUUCAACAACGACGUGGUGCAGCGGCGGCAAUACCGCAUCGGACUCAACCUGUUCAACAAGAAGCCGGAGAAGGGGAUCCAGUACCUGAUCGAGAGGGGCUUUGUGUCGGACACGCCGGUGGGCAUCGCCAGGUUCAUCCUGGAGAGGAAAGGACUGAGUCGGCAGAUGAUCGGAGAGUUCCUGGGCAGCCGUCAGCAGUUCAACAAGGACGUCCUUGACUGUGUUCUGGAUGAGAUGGAUUUCUCAGGGAUGGAUCUUGACGACGCUCUGAGGAAGUUCCAGGCUCAGAUAAAAGUUCAGGGUGAAGCUCAGCGUGUGGAGCGACUGGUGGAGGCCUUCAGUCAGCGGUACUGUGUUUGUAACCCGGUGCUGAUCCGGCAGUUCCAGAAUCCAGACACCAUCUUCAUCCUGGCCUUCGCGAUCAUCCUCCUCAACACGGACAUGUACAGCCCCAACGUCAAGCCGGAGAGGAAGAUGAAGCUGGAGGACUUCAUCAAGAACCUGCGGGGAGUUGAUAACGGGCAGGACAUCCCCAGGGACCUGCUGGUGGCGAUCUAUGGCAGAAUCCAGAAAUGGGAGCUGAGGACCAACGAUGACCACGUGUCUCAGGUCCAAGCCGUGGAGAGGAUGGUGGUCGGCAAGAAGCCUGUGCUGUCACUGCCUCAUCGCAGGUUGGUCUGCUGCUGUCAGCUGUUCGAGGUUCCAGAUCCAAACAGAGCUCAGAGGAGCGGCGUCCACCAGAGAGAAGUCUUCCUGUUCAACGACCUGCUGAUGGUGACAAAGAUCUUCCAGAAGAAGAAGACUUCAGUGACGUACAAUUUCAGACAAUCAUUUCCCCUGCUGGACAUGCAGGUCCACACCUUCCAAAACACCUACUACCCGCACGGUAUCAGACUCACGUCGGCGAACCCCGGGGGAGAGAGGAAGGUGCUGAUCGUCUUCACGGCGCCGAGCCAGCAGGACCGAGCACGCUUCACCUCCGACCUCCGAGAGAGCAUCGCAGAGGUCCAGGACAUGGAGAAGUACAGGGUGGAGUGUAAGUGUGGUAGUAACAUUGCAGCGGUCACAACUGUUUUGCUCACUACGCACGCAGCGUUCAUAGUGAGCGUAGAGGGCCCCGCAAAUGAAGUAGGGCCCCGCCUGACUCUUGUGUCAAACCGGGUGUCGAUGUUUACAAUCAUUCAGGGCACGAGAAGAGGAAAAAAAACUCAGUCAGCAAACAACAGUAACGUUAAGUUUGUGCGGUGA